CGUGAAUCCGGCAUCUGGAUUUAUCAUAUAUCAAUACUGGAAUGUAAAGACAUGGUUCAGUAACAUCUCAUGUCCUAAGAAUAAAAGUUGAUUUACUCCAUCCCUCCGUGCAUCCAUCGCUUCGUGCGCGAAUUUUAAUCUUUGCCUUUGGGUACCGGUGGCAUCUCCAGGUUUUACGCAAUGACUUUUUGAUUGUUUUCUCGUGCUGACCUUUGUGGAACUCGAUACGGACUGGAACAAGAAGUUAUAUACAUCAUCUACAGAUACAUCUACCUUAAUUUUUGUUCGUUUUUUGUCACUUUACACGGAGUUCGUCUUUGCUUCAGGUGUGCUGUCCUGGUUUUCUGUCGAGCAGAGCCACCGGGACAUUUGUUUUUUCAAACGUGAACGACCAGAAUUUGAUAGGGGAUUAUAUUUGGUGAUAUAAAGAAGAAUGAUCCUCAGAAGAUGUCAUGCCUGGUUGGCACUUUGGCUUCUGUGUGUCUCCGUGAAAACGCAAGAUGCUCAGCUGGAAGAUGAAACAGUUUUUGAUAUGUUUGACUCCAGUGGGAUCACACGCAAGACUGUCGGUGUAAAGCUUUUCAAGGGUCAGGACACCGAUUCCCCAGCAUACCGUUUCAUCCGCUUUGACCAGCUCCCCUCUAUCAACUCUGAAGCGCUCGAAAAACUAUUGUUGCAGAUACAAAACAACGAAGGCUUCAUUCUGACAGCCACCCUACGGCAGGAUCGCACGUCCCGCGGCACAAUCCUCGCGUUGGAGGGUCCCGGAGAGCGCAGACAGUUUGAGGUCAUUUCGGAUGGCCGAACCAACACUUUAGAUUUGGUGUACUGGUGGGCUGAUGGCUCGCGCAAUGUGAUCUCUUUUGAGGAUGUAGACCUCUCAGAUUCACAGUGGAAGAACGUAACUCUUUAUGUGCAUGGGGAGACAGCAACUUUGUACAUUGGCUGCAUGCUCAUUGAUAGCUUCAUCCUUGAUGAACCUUUCUAUGAGCACCUGAGCGCCACAGGCGGCCAUUUGUUUGUGGCCAAAGGGGCCACCCGAGAAAGCCAUUUUAGGGGUUUACUGCAGAAUGUACGUUUUAUCUUUGACACCCCACUUGAGGACAUUCUGGAAAACGGCGGAUGUGAUCUCGGAAGCCAAGGGGAGGCAAACGCAGUCAGUGAGAGCACAGAAGUGCUGGACGUUCCAUCUUCAAUAGCCACCAAUGUGAUUGGCCAAAACACUGAUGUUCCAGCUACAAGCUCCUCAGAACUGAUGUGUGAACGUUCUUGUGAGGAGCUGGCCAACCUCUUCCAGGAGCUCAAGGGUCUGAGAGUUGUUGUUAGCAACCUCAUAGACGGUUUGCAGAAAGUGACGGAGGAAAACACGGCGAUGAAAGAGGCGUUAAAUAAGAUGCAGAACCCAUCUGAGCAAAGCAUGUGUUGGCAAGACGGCCGCCUGUUUGAAGAUAAAGAGGACUGGAUUGUGGAUAGCUGCACUAAAUGUACCUGCCAAGAAGGAAAAGUUGUUUGUCGUCAAAUCACUUGUCCUCCAGUGGCAUGUGCCAAUCCAUCCUUCAUCGACGGGGAAUGUUGUCCGGUUUGCCUUCCAAUGGACAGUGAGGACGGCUGGUCUCCUUGGUCAGAGUGGACACAAUGCACAGUCACAUGUGGAAGUGGCACCCAGCAGCGGGGUCGCUCUUGUGAUGACACCAGCAAUACGUGCGCUGGACCCUCCAUUCAGACACGCAAGUGCAGUUUGGGAAAAUGUGACCGCAGAGUUCGUCAGGACGGAGGCUGGAGCUUAUGGUCUCCCUGGUCGUCCUGCUCUGUGACGUGUGGGGAGGGUCUGAUCACACGGAUCCGCCACUGUAAUGCCCCAGUUCCACAGAGAGGUGGAAAAGACUGUGACGGUGACGGUCGAGAGACACAGAGCUGCCAGACCGAGCCUUGCCCGGUUGAUGGUGGCUGGGGACCAUGGUCUCCUUGGGCAGCAUGCUCGGCAACAUGUGGAGGGGGUCUGAAGAGCCGUGUUAGAGAGUGUAACAGCCCCGCACUGCACGGAGGAAGGAAAUGUCUCGGAGACCCUAUUGAGAAUGAAGUGUGCAACCGACUGGAGUGCCCUAUUGAUAGCUGUCUUUCAAACCCUUGUUUUGCCGGAGCUGAGUGUAGCGCAGCCUCCGAUGGAUCCUGGGAGUGCGGGCCCUGCCCUAACGGUUUCCGCGGCAACGGAACGUUCUGUGAAGACGUCAAUGAGUGUGAUAUGGUUUCAGAUGUGUGUCAUAAGGUGGGUGGCCUACAGCAAUGUGUAAACACUGAUCCUGGAUUCCACUGUCUACCCUGCCCCCCGCGCUACAAAGGGACUCAACCCUACGGGAUGGGAAUCGAGUCGGCUAAAACCAACAAACAGGUGUGUGAGCCCUACAACCCCUGCAAAGACAACAGCCACAGUUGCCACAAGUAUGCAGAAUGCAUCUUCCUUACCCACUUCAGCGACCCCAUGUACAAGUGCGAGUGUCGUAUCGGGUAUGCUGGAGAUGGCAUCUUAUGCGGAGAGGACUUUGAUCUGGACGGAUGGCCCAAUCAGGAUCUUGUGUGUGGAGCCAAUGCCACCUACCACUGCAAGAAGGAUAACUGCCCGACUCUUCCCAACUCUGGUCAGGAGGAUUUGGAUAAUGAUGGGCAGGGAGAUGCAUGUGACAAAGACGAUGAUAAUGAUGAAAUUAUGGACGAAAGGGACAACUGUCCUUUGAUGUACAACCCCAGGCAGUAUGAUUAUGACAAGGAUGAUGUUGGAGAUCGCUGCGAUAACUGUCCCUAUGAACACAACCCUACACAGACCGACACGGACAACAACGGCGAAGGGGACGCCUGCGCUAUUGAUAUAGAUGGAGAUGAAAUACUAAACGCACAAGACAACUGCCCUUACAUUUACAACACAGACCAGAAGGACACUGAUUUAGAUGCCGUUGGUGACCAGUGUGAUAACUGCCCCUUAGUCCACAACCCACAGCAGACGGAUGUAGAUAAUGAUCUCGUUGGAGACCAGUGCGAUGACAACCAGGACAUAGAUGAAGACGGACAUCAAAAUAACAUGGAUAACUGUCCAUACAUAUCCAACGCUAACCAAGCUGACCACGAUGGAGAUGGGAAAGGAGACGCUUGUGAUCACGAUGAUGAUAAUGACGGCAUCCCUGAUGAUCGAGAUAACUGCAGACUGGUUCCCAACAAGGACCAAGUGGACUCUGAUGGGGACGGUCGUGGCGAUGCCUGCGAAAACGAUUUUGACAACGACAGCGUUCCGGAUAUCUUUGAUGCGUGUCCGGAAAACAAUGCCAUCAGCGUCACCGACUUCCGGAAGUUUCAGAUGGUUCACCUUGACCCCAAGGGGACCACGCAGACUGACCCCAACUGGGUGGUUCGAAACCAGGGCAAAGAACUUGUGCAGACCGCCAACUCUGACCCUGGCAUUGCCGUGGGAUUUGACGAGUUCAACGCUGUGGAUUUUAGUGGCACCUUUUACGUCAACACCGACCGGGAUGAUGACUACGCAGGUUUCGUGUUUGGAUACCAGUCUAGCCGACGUUUUUACGUAGUGAUGUGGAAACAGAUCACACAGACGUACUGGGAAGACAAACCCUUCAAGUCCUUUGGCAUCUCCGGUGUGUCCCUGAAGGUAGUCAAUUCCACCACAGGAACUGGGGAAAUUCUACGCAAUGCUUUAUGGCACACAGGCAACACCAAGCAACAGGUGCGCACUCUGUGGCACGACCCCAAGAAUAUCGGCUGGAAAGACUUUACCGCCUACCGCUGGCAUCUCAUCCACAGACCUAAGACCGGCUUCAUUAGAGUUGUUGUAUAUGAAGGAAAGCAGAUUAUGGCAGAUUCGGGUCCCAUUUAUGACAAGACGUUUGGCGGGGGGAGACUUGGAUUAUUUGUUUUCUCCCAGGAGGCCGUCAUCUUCUCGGACCUUAAAUAUGAAUGCAGAGAUUAUUAAAAUGGAUCGGAGUAUUUACUCUCAUUGAUUUUAUCAAAGCCAAAUCAGAUGAAUGUUUCUUCAAAUAGUGACCUUAUAAAAACUUACACACAAAGUGCCGUCAAGAAGUAAACAUGCGUUGCAUGGACAACAAGAAGGAUGAAUCCUUAGUUUGGUCAGACAACAUCAUUCCUUUCAGUCCUCAGAUAAUUGUUGCACAAAAAUCUUUAAUGCUACAAUGUGUCCUGCCAUCUUGAAUAUAAACCCUUGUGUUAAGGGUUUAUAGUUUUUCCUUUUACAAUAUUUAGUCUUUAUACAGUAUGUGUCUUUUUAGUUAUUCGUAUGGAGAGAAAUUAACGCGAGUUUUAAGAGCCUUUAGGGGAGAUGUAUCAUAUUCAGACCUUUACUUCUAUCUACUGUAACUUAUUUGUCUUUUUUUCUGUGCAUUAGUAUUUUAGUUAACAUUUCUUUUGUAUUUCCUCUUGCUGACAAAUUGUAAAUACUUAUUUAUUUGUUUACAUUGACAUUUUUAAAAGGUUGUGCUGAGUAUGUUAUCAUAUUGCAUUCAUGAUCAUAAUACAGUAAGGCUCAGUAUUUGUCACUACUGUAUCUACAAGUGAAUAUGAAGAGAGAAAGUUAGUUUUGGUAGUAUUAAAAAGCAUACGUUUUAUUACAUAUGUAUUUUUUGUACAGAACCUACAAGGAAUAUAGCCAGCGCUUAACAUUCACUUACCCAGUAAGACUUACAGUUUUCAUAUGUAUAAUGGUGAUAAACUAAUGUCAUUCAUCUAUGAUUUAUAUAUAUUCCAUUAACUUCGAGGGGAAGGACAAUUCAUGAAACACCAGUGAUAUAUAUUUUUUGUAAUUAGCUGAUAGUGGAACAUGAUCUUCAUUUACAUUCUUUGAACUUAAACUUGUUUCAUUUCAGCUUUUCCCAUUCACAGCAUUUCAUGACGACUUCAUUCUUAGAUUGUAAGAUUCAGGAUUCAUUUACAGUGUAUGGCUUGCUGCUAGUCACAUUUUUAAGGAAUCAUAAUUGUUUGUAUUCAUUGACAAACAGUUGUUCGAUAUUCUAUCACUCAUAUCUAUUGGCAAAAUUGUGAUGAAAUUACUUCUGUCAAUAAAAUUAUAUACUGUA